AUGUCAAAACAUAAUAUAAUUGUUGGAGUCGUUACAAUUCUCUUUUUAGGAGCAGUCAUUGGUUUAAAUGUUUAUUCAUUCUUACCAGAUACCAAUUGGUAUCAAUUCACAUUCAGUUUAGCAUCCUCUAUAACUUUUGGUAUCAAUAGAGGUGGAUUAAUGGGAGAAGGAGGUAAAAAUAUUGAUUGGAAUACAAACUCAAAAACUGAAAAUACUCUUUACACUUGUUUUGCCUUUGUAGUUGUAUCUUUUGCAUUUGCUUGUAUUAUGCUUUUAAUUACAUUAGUUGCAUUAUUCAAACGUGUUCAUAAAAAAGGUAGAAAGGCAUUAUUUGUUAUGUCAAUCUUGUUAUGUAUUUUCAAUGUACUUUCAACUUUAUUAUUAUUAAGAUUAAACAAAGCACUCUGUGAAGAUGCCACUGAUGGUCUUUCAUUACCAUUUUCAAUGGAGAAAAGUAUUCUUGAUUCUGGUAUCUGUAGUAAAUUCAAAGGAAGUGAUUCCCUCUUUUCUUGGGGUCCAUCCAUCGGUUGGUAUUGCUCACUUGCAGCUGCAAUUGUCUCAUUUAUUACUAUUUUCUUGACUUCUUCCAUCUUACACACUCGUAAAUUCGGAUAUCAUGUCAUUCACUAA